CGGGUGUUGAGCAGGCAGCCUUUGCCUUUGCUUCUAAAAUUGAGACUAUAUAUAGGUACAGAACCAGGCGAGCCUUUCUUCUGAAGGUCCGAUCUGGAAGUCGGGGACAUCGUCACUUGGAUUUGUGCAAAGGUCGAGCGAUGAUGUAACCUGCUGACGAUUGUACCUGCAGGACUCGAGAUCGAGACUGACGGCAUGUUAGGUUUUGAACCUCCCUCCUUCGAGCCGAGUCCCAUCCGAAGACAUUGUUCAACUGGAAAAACGAGCUCAGAAGCAAGACCAGUGACUCCUCUCUCUAUCUGCUAGACCAGCAUGUCUUUGUCUCCCAUAGAUGCAUUUCCAGCCCGGGCAAGAGCUUCGAGCCCAUGGACGAUGCCACCUGGUCCGCUCUCCUUGACACUUGUGCCCGGACAGCUGGGGACCCUCUCUCCGAGUGUCCGGAAGGAUGGGAGCUGUGCUUGCUGGCCAAGGUGGCCGCCCAGCGCUUUGGACUCUCGGUCCGGAAGCUGGAAAUGGUGCUGCUGGAGGCUGAGACCCUGGAGCAAAGCCGUCAGAUCCUGCAUGCGGCGCUGCCCAAGACCACUGACAUCGAAGAGCUCUUGGCACGUGCCGAGCGCGACCCGCGCGGGGCGGAGCGCCGCGUUACGCGCUCGCGCUCGCGGAGGCGGCAGGUGCUGGGCGCGGCCCGGGCCAAGUUGGCAGCGCUGCGGGUUGAGCACCCGGCUGCGGUGCAGGUGGGCGAGCUCACGGGGCGCUUGCUGCUGGCGGGGAAGGAGCUGUUGCGCGCAGGGGACAGCUCGGUGGGAGCCGCCGCGCUUCCGGCACAGUUCACGUCCCUGCGCGCGCCGGUGAGUGUGGGUCCUCCGGCGUUCUUUCCCGUGGGCAACGCCGCGGGACGCUUCCUGCCUUUGACCUCGGACCUCUCUGCGCUGGAGCCGCGGCUGCUCUUCGUGGGGCUCUCGGAUUUGCGGCACCUCUUCGUGGCACUGGAGGCCUUGGAGGGAGGACCGAGGUCGGUGACCUGCGUGUUGAACGACCUGAAUGCUGAGACCUGUGCGCGAAAUGCUUUGAUGCUGCAGUUGCUUUCAGAAGGCGAUUACCCAUUAGGGCACAGGAUCCUGUCCAUUUUCACUGUCUGGUGGUUACAUGAACUUCCCAUGCCAGCUGUGCCACUGUUGUGCCAUGCAGCUGAACAAGCGCAGAAAAGUUGUUGCACAGGAACUCGACAAGUGCUACAGAAAUGGAUUCAACAAUGGAGAAGUGAUGCCGGUUUCACUGGCACCGAGCUGCAAGAGGUCUUGCAGACAGCUGACUUGUCACAAUCCGACCUAGCUGAGGCUGCUGAAGCUUUUGCACAUGCGCCAUGUGUCUUCAACCUCACGCUCCAACACACUUCCGCGCGCCUUCAGUACAACUUGCAUUCGGGCCAAGCCGUGCCUUCCGGCUGGCAAGAUGCUGGAGACGGGGUCCUUCUGUGGCCACCACUGCCCGAGGACGAGGAGUUCGAUCCCGACGCCGGCGCGCCCGGCCGCGCCGAGUACUUGGGGGCCUUGACGAAGCUGCUCCCACGCAGCGCGCAGGCGUUGGCGGCGCUGGCGCCGUGGGGCGGUUCACUUCGAUGGUCGGUGCGGGCCGGCGACUGCCUGGCGCUCAGGUGGAGUGGGAAGACUCGCUUUGAGCGAGUCUUCACGUCGAAUGUGGCAGACCAUGUGGGGGUGGUGAACUUGGUGGUGGCUUUGGUGCCAGUCUUGGAAGUGCCAGAUGGGAGGCUGGAAGUCUGUCUGAGCAACAAUCUUAAGGCGUUGGACCUCCAGGGUGACAUUUUCAGCCUCUUUCCCAAGCUGUACAACCUCACGGUGGAGGAGGUGAGUGACCUCUUGGGCAUCCGCUGUGAAUCGCCGCAGCGAGAUCAGCUCUGGAUAUAUCCUCGUGAAGCUGUGGAGGCCACUGAGACGAGACCGUCGCGUGCCCUGGUCGACUGGCUCGUGUCCUCGACUGGGCGGCUCUACCGUUGCCCUUCGCCGGACCCCGAGACGCUCCUCCGGCGGCGUGCGCACGGGGACGUGCUGGGCAUGGCGCUGCGCUUUCUGCGGCGCUUCACCUGCUCCAAGGUGAUGCUGCUGACGAUCGCCAGUCUGCUGAAACAACGGCAGAUCGAUGGUUCCACGACUGAAGCCGAAGCCGCGCUGAAAGAGGUGCUGGUGGCAGCGCCCUUUGGGGAACAGCAGCUGGCGCUGCUUCUGCCAGAGCUCCAGGCCGAGCCCCGACACUGGCGCCUGGCGCGCUUCCGCGUGGCGACGGUGCCGUCCUGGGCGUGGCGGGCACGCCCCACGGUGGUGCUUGCGUGGGCGCGCGGACGGGCGUUGAGCAGGGCCAAGCAGCAGGGCGUGAGGCUUCAGCCGCAGGAACCCAUGUGGCCGAAGUGCCGCCGUGAGGCACAAGUCGAGUUUCUGAGGAAGGAGGUCUGGGGGCACUUGAAAUGGUUCCUGAAGUCUCCAGAGGUCCAGGUGAUCGAAGCCUUUGACCUGCACGUGCAGGACGGCUGCUUGGUGGUCACAUUUCCGCUGGAAAGCUUUGAGGUGGACUUUGGCCUGGGCGGUGCGGCGUUUCUGGUGAGCGCCAUCGACAACGUCAUCGUCACCGGACCUCACGGCCAGGAACAGUUGGAGAUCGUCGACGGCGAAGCCAGGAAGGAAGAUUAAUGAUCAGUGGCUGAAGUCACGCAUGUAUAAAUAUAAAUAAUAUACAUAGAUGUUUUGAAGCAGACCGUUUGGGUGCUGGGUGCGUCCCGUCUUGUCUUCUGAGACGCUGGACCGUCUUGAUGGCUGGACCGUCUGACCGCAUCGGAUCUCAACCUCUUGGGACGAACGACCGUCCGGGCUCUGCACGGCGCUGGCGCGACCGCAGGGGCGACCGCAAGGGGCGACGUCGUGGAGUCGGAGCUUCAUUCAGCUGGAAGUGCAGGACUCCAAUCGAUUCCUACUGUAUUGGAUGCCGGUGGAAUUGAUAUGGUGUUCUACUUGAUGAGACGAACACGCAUCACCCACAAGCAAGACUCGGCAAGAAGCACAUGGAGAACCUGAAAUCUCCAUCGCUGCAGGGGUCUCUCAGAGAUCACAAGCGGCUUCGAAUGAAGAGAAAGACAUCACGCGGCAUCAGCUCAUCGAAGCUUCGCGGCAUCAGCUCAUCUCAGAGCUGACUCUGGCAUCUACUCUCCUCUCGCUCCUGGACCCCUCGGGUGAAAAGAAGACCACGCUGCCUCUGGAGGAAAAUGGCGGCGAGGACCCAACCUCAACUGAGACCUGGAAAUCAUUCUCAAAAUGUUUGAAAGAGGAUCCGUUGCCUCAAGAUUUGUUUGAGGAUGGUUUGGGUGUACCAUAUAUCAGGUUGGCC